AGAAGCCAAUAAUGGAUGGAGAGGAUGCAUCUUGCAGUGAAUCUCCACCAUAUUUACCAGACUCAUCGAGUCAGUCGGAUAAAGGAAUGAAGCUCCAAGAACCAAAGAGACGUAACAGGAGUGUGCGGCAACAAGGAGAACUCACAUGUUGUGUUUGCAGGGACCGUGCAUUUGGCUACAACUUUGGUGCCAUUACAUGUGAAUCUUGUAAAGCUUUCUUUCGGAGGAAUGCUCAAAAGAGUAGGCCCCUGAAGUGCAAUUUUGACAGCAACUGUACUCUAGAUAAGUUCUCAAGGAAGUUUUGUACAAAAUGCCGCUUGGAUAAAUGUCUGGAAAUGGGCAUGAAGAAAGAUUGGAUAUUAAAUGAAGAACAGCUGAAGAAAAGGAAAAAAAUAGCACCUAGGAAACGAAAAAGUUUAGAGUCGUGUGACCUUAGUGUUGAAGUGAAACCAGAACCUACAGAUCUUUACAGCCAAGCCUCCACCAGCUCUGGGUGUACCCCCAUUGCAAGUUCCCAGGAGUAUUUCUCCUCGGACAACAGCAAUUCUUCUUCAGAUGUUUUCAAACCAGAUACUAUUUCAGCAGACAAACCAAUACCUCUAAGCCAAACAAACCUGAAACUAUUAAAAGAACUGGAGGAUAAUUAUAACAGGGUCCUCAAUUCACCCUAUUCUGAAUCUGUAGCCAGCCGUCUCACUGAAACCCCUUCCUCCCAUGGACAUUUGUACAACAUGGCUGACACAUUUAUAAGGCGGCUCAUAAAAUUCUGUAAAACCAUCCCUUACUUUCGAAGUCUUUGCCAGGAAGACCAGAUAGCUCUUUUGAAGGGAGGCAUAAUGUGUAUACUGAUGCUACGUGGUGCCAUGAUGUUCAACCCAGGAAUCUCUGCUUUUACCUUUUCCAGACAAAAUGAAACUGCUCAAAGUACACUGAAGGUUCCCUCCUUACUAAGCUCCAAUGAGACAGAUUUCUUUUGUCAGUUCCAUAGGUUGGCGAAAAAUGACCUUAAGACAAUGCUAUGUCUUCUUCUAAUUGAGAUUUUCUCACCUGACCGUCCUGGUUUAGGGAACCUGGAGAUUGUCAGCACUGCUCAAGAAACAUUUGCAGAACUUCUGCAUAGGUACUUGGAGUCAAUAUAUCCAUUGUCUGAAGCAAGGAAAAUUUUUCCCAAGCUCAUUAUGAAGUUAGUUCAUUUGAGAGAGAGAGCCGAAGAAGCCAGCAAGAAAGCCUCAGAGGCAGACAUUCACAGCAUGGAACCUCUGAUGGUGGAGAUAUUUAGUCUUCAGUAACUUUCAUAGAAGUAAUAUGUUCAUAGUGCCAUAAACUUAUUAAUUAACAGUUCUUGCCCAUAUUGAAUAUACUUGACAUGUUAACUGUUUAUGAGUGUUUUUGUCAUUAAAUGACCAAUUGUGUUCAGAAGAAAUGCCAGAGCUCAUUUAACCAUUUUUAAUUAGCCAGGUAGAGGCAAUGCCAGUUUUAACCCUUUUUUUUUCAAAAUGAAAACCCAAACCAAGUAGAGAGUACCUGUAUAAACAGGUUAUGAACAGGUUUCAUUCUUUUAAUGUUACAGUAUGCAAUAUGUUUGGUGAUAUACUUAAGGUAUAUAGCCAUGUUGUAAAAGUUACCACAUGAAAUACUGAACUCAAAAUAUUUAUGGUAUUAUAAAAAGGUGUCAUGUGUGAACUGGCCUUGAGUGAGAAGGUGAGGCGAGUUACAUUGUUUAUGUCUUUCAAAGUUGAUAAUUUGAGGUCACUGGAUAAUGUUUGUUGAAAGCUUGUAAAGACCAUAUAAGAGGAUACAGAAAUUCAAAGCUUUAGUGAUUGCUAGGAUGGUUUUGAGAUGAUCAUGUAAGACUGAUCACCAAAUUAACAUUACAUCGAGUAAACUUCUUGCCAUGCAGUAGCUCUCUAUGGUUUGUUUAAUGUCUUACUUUUUCAAAAAUACAUUGUAUACCAAAUGAGAGGCAGGUGCAGGAAUCUUUUGUAGAAAUACAUUACAAGUACCUAAUUUUUUGGGUGGAGGGUAAAUGGUGCCAUUUUUAUUGGGAAAAAAGAUGGUGUUGCCAAAAUAGGUUCCAGAAAAGCAAUGAUAUAGAUAUUUGUAUUAAUAAUUGCUCGUUAACAUUGAUAUUAAAAUCAAAUGUGUGUCAAACUACUGGAAGGAUGCACUAUAUAUACUUGUUAUAUUUUGUGUGGGGGAGAGGUAACUUUGGUCACUUAUGUGUGUUUUAAAGACAUUGGUAGGUUAAAGAGGCUUAUUUCCUGUGAAAAAAAAUUGUCCAAAUGUUUGUUUACAUUAUCAUAUCUGAUAAUUGUUGUCAUUUUAUUAGGCGAUUUUUAGGGUAAUAUGUCUAGUUUGCUUUUACUAUAGCAUUUAGAAUUGAACAAAUUAGGUUACUUUUGAAUUUUAAGGACUUGUGACUGCUUGGAGAACAAAUGUUUGGUUUAUUCUCACCAUUGGUCACAGGGAAUCCAAGUGAUCUCUCUUCUUGGUCUCUUCAUCACCUUCAUCUGUUGCUUAGGGGUUUUGUGAGUGUAUGGAACAGUUCAAAACACUUGUAACAGCCUUGCAACUAGUGAUCAAUAGGGUUUGAUUAUAAUGUGGUGUAUUAAGGUCACACAAGCCUCAAGUCUUGCUCCAAUGGGUCUCAUGCAGCAGCUUCUGGUUAAGUAUCUUUUGAGAAAUGUUCCACUUGCCAGCAUUAUGGACAGCCAACUAUUUGGUAUAAAGGGACAAAGUGGGGGCCAUAGCAGAGGUCAACUCGAACAUGUGAAAGAUAAAAAAAAUUGUGAUCCCUGCAGUGAUGGAAAGGUACUAAAACAGCCUAGUGUACAUGGGACAUGACGCCUUGUAAAUCACUGUGAAAAAAAGCUUAGUUGCUGUGCACAAAAAGAGAUAGGCUUGCAACAAUUAAUUUAAAUGUUGAUUAGAAAAAAACACUAUAUUAGAAAGAACCACAGAAGAAGUCCACAGCAGGAUUGAAGGCAGUGUCCACUAUGUGUGCUUUUAUUAUAUGAGAUAUUGGACUUCAGGAAAGGCUUGGAAAAAGGAUUUUUUUUUUUUGGUUUGCACCUAAUAUGUCAAAAUAUUUCAUUUUUCAUAUUGAUACAACUGAGUUAUUGUAUAAAUGUACUCAGCAUAUAAAAUUGGCAAAUAGAAUCAUAUAUGAACAUCUUUCUUGAAUUUGAACAGGGUAUACACAUACAUAUGAUUUAAAACUUUUCCAUUUUAAGAGUUUAUCCAGUAGUGCACAGAAAAAAAACUGAAAGAUUGGGAUUAAAUAAUUUUUGUGAGAUGGUGUGACUAUGUUAAAUAUUUUUAUCAUUAAGUGUUAUUUUGAAAAAACGCAUGUACAUAGGAUUGCCUGUGUUUAUUCGUGUACAGCACACUUGCUCAAGACUAUAUUGUCAUAACAAUUGUUAUAUUACCUCAAGUAAUACUGGUUGGAUGAUUUAAAGUUGUGUAUGUCCAUAGUUUAUUUUUUCAAUUUAUUAGAAAUUUAGGAAAGCUUAACUGUGAAAGGUACUGCACUGGCUUGCCUAUCAUUAAAUGUAUGCUGUUAAUACAGAGCACUGAAUUUUAAAAAUAAUUUAUUAAAUAUACAGCUGUAAAUUGUACACUUACAGUUGCAAUGAAUUUUCAGCAAUCAGGUAAUUAUGUAUGGUCUGCUAAAACACAUAUGUUGAUAUUGAAAACAUGGUGUCUGAACUGUUUUUGAUAAGUAAAGUGUAGAAUGAAGAUGUAGGUCGUAUUAUGUCACUGAUUUUUCAAGAGAAUCAGGUUGGCUCACAAAUAACUUUUCAUGGCCAUUGGAUUGCAGAAAAAGAAAAAAAAACCCUUCUUGCCAUUUUUAUUGCUAAUUUUGUUCAAAAUUUAGAUUCCCCCCCCUUUAACUGAACAAAAGCUAGUUUGAACCCAUAAUUUUAUAUCAUAGUAUAGCUGCCCCAGUUUCAAGAAAAAACUCUAUUAUAAUACUACAUAGCCCUAUGGCAUGAACAUGGGAACAUUUUAUUGUAAAAUUUUAUAUUACUAAAUGACAUUAGUCCGGCAGAGUAGGGGAAAAUUUUUAUUUUAAAUUUGUUUGCUUUUAUAUACUGUAGAUUUGUAUUUAGCUGAUAAAUGUUUGGGGUAUUUUUGGCAGACAGAUUUGUGGAAAGAAAGCUAUUUUUCCAGUAGUCUCUGAUUUUUUGCAGUUUUGAAGUUUCCAGUUCAAUGAAACCCAUUUUUGGUCAGCAACUUGUUUAUUAGAUCUUGGUUGAAGUUACUUAGAAUGUUUUGUAUGUGUUAAAAAACAGUCUCAAGAAACUUAAAAAUGAUAAAAGAUUUUACUCAAGAUGAUUAGCUAUUGAUUGCCAAUGCUAAAAAGAUGACUUUGUGGAAUAUCUUCAUGUGUAAUUUUCAGGAACCAGCAUUUUCAGGAGUUGAGAAGUUCAUUUCAAUCUCAGGCUGUAAUGAAGUUAAUAUUUUCUUUGUUUCUCUUUACAUUUUAAACUUCAUUUUUGUUUCAAUUUUUGUGUGCUAUCAUCUUCCAUAUGAAGUUAUUUUUUCCAUGAGGUUAGCUACAUUCUUUAAUUUAUUUGUGGUAGUAUUUUUUAUUGCAUCAAAUUUAAUUAAACUCUUUUUAUUAGCUUUAUGUGUGUGCAUAAGCAGGUUACAGAGAAUCAUUACUGAUGAAAGUUUUAAAACAGUGUGUUCUUGUUUAGUUUGAAUUAAGAGCUGUUUUUAUAUACAUGUAUUUUGGUUUAAAGUACUAGUGAAAUUUAUUAGAAAAUUGUGCAUGGCAGCAGCGGAUAAUUUUCCAAAAGUUAUUGUUUAUUUUGUGAUAUUUGAAGUUAUUUAUUAUCAUUCUACCCAUAUUUCUGUUUUGGAAAUAACGAAUUUGGUCUUUAUUGUUAAAUUAAGGGAGUAGAUCUACUUUCUAAAUGUGGGUUACAUACUGGAAGUUACUCUCUUGGUUAGAUGCAUAUGGCUAUACAGAGAAAAACUUCAAUUGUUCUGGAAUUUUUAGAUCAAAUGUAUUCAAAUUAUUUGAGCACAUGUUUUGAUGACUAACCAUUUGUUUGCACUGAAUUAAAUAGGUUAGCCUGUUUAAUUGAGUACAUUUAAUGUUUUAGGUAACCUAAGGCCAUUCCUGUUGCUGAAAUUUUCAUGAAAACAAUUUUUUUAACUCGCUAACCAACCACCUCUGGUAGACAUCAGUUAAACUGUUUCUUAGGACUUGCUCAUUACCAGUGAAACUGUCAUUCUACGUAGAUCUUGCUGAUUGCAAUCAGAUAGACAUGCUUCCUUGUGGAGCAGAAUACAGAAAAGCUGGUGAUUUUACAAGGUGGAAAUGAGGUUUGCUUAUCUGUUAAUCUGUCAUUGCAUUCAGCAAGAGUCCCCAUAGAAUUAGAUCAAUCUAUGUAAAACGAUAGCUUCAUUGGGAGUGGGCCUUUAGAAUAACUUUGGUGAGUGUGAUAUAUAUGAAGAUUAGGUUUCCAAGCAUUAUGUAAUAAAAUGAGUUAAAGUGAAAUGUAUUUUCAUAUACAGACACUUAAAAUGUAUAUUCUGAUCACUGUCUGUCCUUGUCAUCAGUGUUCACUCCAGGCCUACCCAACUACUAGACGCUGCACCGAAUGAUCCAGAAUUCACAGUAGAUCAGAUCACGCUACUGGUUUUCAAGGUGUGUAUCAUUACAGACUUGAAGUAACAGAAGUGGCACCCUCUUGCCUGGUACACAAUGUGAUAGCAAUGAUUCUGCGCAGGGUUGGAAAGUAGUGCAUUUCAUCAAAAUACAUGCGCUGCUGCUAUUUUCCCUGUUUUAUGUAAUAAAUCGAACAAUACCGUGAUUUUUUAACAUUAAGUUCAGGUUUGAACAUAGCCAAUGAUGUUAUGUAAAUAAAUAGGAGCAAUCUUUUAAUAUUAAUUUAGUAUCGUAGAUCUAAUUCUGUCAGCAGAAGCAUAUCCUCUUUUUAAGAGAGUUAAAUAAAGUUUUCAUGGCUACAGGGAUGGAUGUGUUUGACGGGGCAAGUAUAUAUGAUGACAAAAUUUGCCCUGGGGUAUGAUACUGUGAAAUGCGCACUGAUACACACCUUGAAAACCGGUAACGCAAUCUGAUCUAACGGUGAAUUCAUGAUCCUUCAGUGCCAUAUCUGGUAGUUGGUUAGGGCUAUACUCUAUAACUUCCAAUGAUAUUUUUGUUUUACUUAAAACUUUACUUUGUAUGUAUUCUGAUCACUGUUUUUGUCCUUGUCAUCAGUGUCAUUGUUUACCCUAUACCUUUUAAUGAUAUAUUUACCUAAAAAUUACUGUUUUUAUGUUAAAAAUCCUGCAUAGGGAGGCUAACUCUUCAGCAAACAAGAAGUGGACUGUGUUAAAUGUGCACGAAGAAUGAUACUGUUUAUAAGCUGUCACAAUCUGAAAAUUUGAUAUUAGGUGGGUCACUUGAAAGUGAAUAACCUUAGAGAAUGCAUCUCAUCCCAGUUAGGAGAAUACAGGAAAAAGCAGUUUAGCCAACAAGUGAUUUUAUUGGCUACGAGUCUCAGAGUAACUGGCAACAGCAUUUUCAUCAGCAAGGUUUAUGGUUAUGUAGCAUUCUACAGUACACAAACAGUAAGAGAUUGUGUUUUACUUUUGUGAACGUAAAAUUUAAAAACAGAUAAUUUAUCCCUUGGUGCAGGGACUAUACCAGUAAUUGUCUUUUUCUCUUUUAUAGUUAUCACCAAUUAGUCUGUUGCAUUUUGAGUGUCACUUAAAUGUUACCUUUUUCUCUGCUUUACUAAAAAGAUAAUGAGUGUGAAAAUUGCCCACCUUACUUAAAGCAUCAUUUAUUGUUUCUUUGAGUCUUAUAAAUGUCUAUAUACAUGUGUGUGCCACCUUUGAUCUACUCACUAAAUAUCUUUGAUAGGAAGCACAUUGUUAUUGGCUUUCUUCUGGUUGUUUAUCUGAAAGAGAUCUCUCUUAGUUUUUUUUUUUUUUUUUUGUAUUGAGGCCCUGACCACAAGUGCAAUGAGUGUGACCUCUGCAAUUUUAAGAGGUUGCCCAAAGUUUGGGGUUAAUUUCUUUAAGGGCACUGGCAUGAUUUAAUAAGGAUCCCUAUGGACUGUGGUAAUAAGCUACCAAAAUUUAAAAUCUUCUAUUUCUUCCUCAUGUUGAAGGGUAAAUUAAAAGUUUAUUUUAAAAGGUUGGUCUUUAUGUAGAACGAGUACUGAAUUUCCAUUCUUAUUUAGUGGUUUCACAAUUUUGUAUUGCAAAGCAUGUUGUGCAGCAAUUGGAAGUGACAAGCAGUUCAAAACUUUUUUAGCUAUUGAUUGUAAAUGUAAAACUGGGUGUGUGUAAUAUAUUGAUAUUAGUUACAAAUUAUUUAAAUUGAAUUUUCCUUUUUAAUUAUUUUUUAUGUACAGACACUGUUAGUGUCUGUAUAUAUUCUGAUUGGUCUUUCCAUCUGCGUAGUCACUGUCGCCAUUGCUGUCUGACACAUGACGUUCACCCCAUAACUUCCAAACCGUAUUUUUACUUCAAAUUUACCAAUUGGUUUUGUUUGGUAAAAAG